AAAAAUAUAACAUCGUAACUAACUUAUUAGUAAAAAAUUUACAAUGUCUAAUUGAUAAUUCUAGGAUUGUAUUGGUGCUAUUGAUGGAACCCAUAUACCCUGCCAUGUUCCUGCAAGAAUGGCAGAUCGUUUCCGUGGUAGAAAGCCCUUCCCAACCCAAAAUGUGCUAGUUGCUGUUGACUUUGAUCUAAUGUUCACUUAUGUGAGUGCCGGUUGGGAAGGAUCUGCUCAUGAUUCUACUGUCUUGAGACACUCCCUUGAUCAUCCAAAUGGCCUUCGUGUUCCAGAAGGUAAGUACUAUCUUGCGGAUGCUGGAUAUGCAGCAAUGCCGGGUUUUUUACCUCCAUAUCGUCAAGUUCGUUACCAUUUACGCGAGUGGAUCAGCAAUAGACCCCAAACCCCACAAGAACUUUUCAACUUGCGACACUCUUCUUUGCGCACCACAGUUGAGAGAGCAUUUGGUACUUUGAAGAACCGAUUCAAGAUCCUCAUGAAUAAACCAUACUACCCUUUUCCUACACAAGUUAGAGUUGUCAUAGCGUGCUGCAUACUUCACAAUUGGAUUCUGCAAAAUGGGGGAGCUAAUCAGUUUGUAUACUCUGAGGAAUUAUGGAGACGGCUAUAUCCUCGUUCCAAUCGUUUUCGUCAAGACACUAGAGCAGAACAAAGGCAGAUGACUCAGCUUAGGGAUGUCAUUGCAAAUAGGAUGUUUGAAAAUAGGCACUCAAUUAUUAGAGAUGAUGCUUGAUGUCUGUCUGGUCUGGGUUGUAAGAUUAUUCAUUUGUCUUUAAUGUAUCACCACUUCUAGACUAUUAUUGUGGUGCUAUUUUGAGUUGUACUUGUUUUUAGACUAAUGUUUGUCUUCUCUGGGCUGUAACAUGAAUUCA